CACCAACCCCUCAACUAAGCCAGCUCCCAGCGCUCAUCUCCAUGGUAGUGCGGCCCAUGAUGCUGCGCUCUUCUGUUGCACCGGGACGACAGUUGCUGCUGUCCUCCGCUCGUCAGCGGACCGCCUCCCAAUGGCUGUCCAGAGCCGGAGCAAGCAGCCGGCUUUCAGGUCAGAGGUUCUUCGCCGAUAUUAAGCCCCCUACCACCGCUGCUCCUACGCCCGCUACUCCGUCUUCCGAGUCUGCUGUUCCCCCAGAGACCGUCCCUAAGCCAUCACCCACAGGACAAGAGUCCACUCUCCCUCCCUCUACUCCUCCUACCCCAGCUCCUAAGGGUGGACGCUUCCGCAGAUUCCUUCUCUACCUGCUGCUUACCUCCGGAUUCGCAUACGGUGGCGGCGUUUUCCUGGCUUUGAAAUUCGAUAACUUCCACGAUUUCUUUACCGAAUACAUUCCCUAUGGUGAGGAGAGUGUCCUUUACUUCGAAGAGCGUGACUUCUAUCGUCGAUUCCCCAACACUUUGAGAAACCAGAACCGCCUUAACCCGACCCCAAGGGAUGAAGGAAACAAGAUCACCAUCCCAAGCAAGAGCGGACUUACCUCGAAGGUCGCCGAGGAGGAGACCUCGGGAGCAGAUGUUUCCCAGAAGGGCCCCCAUAUGAGUGCCACUCCGGCUCCGAAGAGCUCCGAAGCGCAAACCAAGCCCGCCGCCGCUAAGCCCGAGGACAAGACCACAGCUGUUGUGAAGGCCAAGGAGGAGAAGGCCGCCAAGGUUGCUGAGAAGGAGGAACCCAGACAACCGGCCAUUCCUGCUGUUACCCCUCUCGAGUUUGCUCAGGUCAACGAGGGAGAUGAAGCGAUCGUCCAGGAGCUGGUGAAGACGUUCAACGACAUGAUUACCGUCAUCAGCGCUGAUGAGAACUCCGGCAAGUACUCUCAGCCCGUGGCCAAGGCCAAGGAGGAACUCCAGAAGGUUGGAGAGAAGAUCAUCGCUGUUCGUGAGGAGGCCCGUCGUGCCGCUCAGGAAGAGAUCCAGCAGGCCCAUGCUACUUUCGAUGAGUCUGCUCGCGAGCUCAUCCGCCGUUUUGACGAAAUGCGUGCGGCCGAUGCCGCCCAGUACCGCGAGGAGUUUGAGGCUGAGCGCGAAAAGUUGGCCCAUGCCUACCAGGAGAAGAUCAGAACCGAAUUGCAGAGGGCUCAGGAGGUGGCCGAACAGCGCCUCAAGAACGAGCUGGUUGAGCAAGCCAUUGAGCUUAACCGCAAGUACCUGCACGAAGUCAAGGAGCUCGUGGAGCGAGAACGUGAAGGCCGUCUCAGCAAGUUGAACGAACUCACCGCCAACGUCAGCGAGCUGGAGAAGCUUACCUCUGGCUGGAGAGAGGUCAUUGACAGCAACCUCAGGACCCAACAACUCCAGGUGGCUGUUGAUGCCGUGCGCUCCGUUGUUGAUCGCUCUGCCGUUCCUCGCCCUUUCGUCCGCGAGCUUGUCGCCGUGAAGGAAUUGGCCGCUGAGGACCCCGUUGUUGAGGCCGCCAUCUCUUCUAUCAACCCUGCUGCUUACCAGCGUGGAAUCCCUUCGACCUCUCAGAUCAUUGAGCGCUUCCGUCGUGUCGCUGAUGAGGUGCGCAAGGCCAGCCUUCUGCCCGAAGAUGCAGGUAUCGCUAGCCACGCUGCCAGCGUUGUUCUGAGCAAGGUCAUGUUCAAGAAGGAUGCUGUUGCCGGUAGCGACGAUGUGGAGAGUGUGCUGUACCGGACCGAGAGCCUUCUGGAAGAAGGUAACCUCGAUGCUGCAGCUCGUGAGAUGAACAGUCUUUCGGGGUGGGCCAAGAUUCUGAGCAAGGACUGGCUUGUGGAUGUUCGCAGAGUGUUGGAAGUUAAGCAAGCUCUGGAGACUAAUGAUUCCUAUCCACUUACACCUCCUAUACCCGAGACCGAUGAGACACAGCCAGAUUACCACACACGCUACAAUACGUCUCAUGAUAACUCCGACCGAAAAAAGGGUGCGCACAUGAACGAGGGACGAGCGAGCGGGGAGCUAGAGGGCAGCACUCUCGGCAGCAGCUCUCGGGAUGGCGAUAAAGGAGGCCGGGCCCAACGCCGAACGGCCAGCUCCGGCGGCUUCCUAGUCGAUUCGUCUUUUUUACCCAGGUCAAAGAGCUUGCGUGCAAGCCAAUACCUCCCUCGCCGCUCAGAAUCCAGCCGCAAGGAGAAGCGUGAAGCACCCGAACCUGAAUUGGUAGUUCCGAAGAAGCGAUCACGAUUUCCUUGGAUUCGGCAUAAAGAGCAGAAGGUAUCCCAAGUAGAGCAGGCGGAGCAUACCAAUCAUACGGAGCAUACGGAACCCACAACAGCGGAGGAGACUCCUGCUUCAUCGAAUUUGGAGCAGGAUGCGGCUUCCCAGGAGUCGCAUACCAAGCAGACGGACAAUCAGGACACCAUAGGUCUUGAUAGGGAUUCGCUCCAGAUAGUGAAUCUUGCCUUGAACUUGAGCGAGUCGAGGAAAAGGAAUAGCCUGGGUCGCUCUGCUUCAACUCGUCUUUCGGGAGGUAGAUGGGCUCUGGCAGUAACCGACCUGGGGCAUGGCGGCUCUCAACAUGGCCAGAGGGUCACACAAGCACCGGGUGAAGAUCAUACCAGAAUAGUCGACUCCUGUCAACUGAGCGGACCGUCGACUCAUGCGCCAUCUUCAGUGGCAAGUCUACUUCCACAUUCCGCUGGAUCGGAACCCUUGCCGCAGGGCUUCUCAGAGAGCACACUUGCUCGAGCCGAGAAAGCUCGUCGCCAUUUUGAGCUAUUUUCGGAAUAUCUCCGACUACUUCCUUCCCUUCCUCCUCUGCAACCGAUUGACGAUCAAAAUGCCGAUUCAAGAUCUGUGCAUAGCAGUGGCUUUUCAUCACACCGAGUCUACAAUCCUCUUCAGUGUAUUCGCAAUCGCAAAGUGAGAUUCCGUGAGCGAUGUGCAAUAGACACGGAGGCAGCGGGGUGGUACGAUACGGAGAAGGUACAUCAGUGGGUUGAUUCAGUGCAAGCUGAAUACAGCCAGCAGCCGCACGGUCCCCUUGAAUGUCUGCGGCUUCCAUCGUUUCAUAAUUGUAAAGAUGCUACGCCGCGUGCAGAGGUAGACGAACCUGAUCAUCUUGCCGUCUCUCCUCCUUCAAGUCUGAGACGUGCUAGCCGCGCUAGCAGUGUCAAAGCACGCAGGCCACGGUCAGACUGGGUCAUCGACCCAGCAGAGUUCCUUUUCGAUGCCGCAUGGGUUGAGGAAAGGCAGAAUAAGAGUAAGAUCGUUGAUAGAGACGGGAAUCAUCUCUACCCAGAUCCUUCGAUCCUCAUUACUCCUGAUGAUGAUCAGACGCCCAUUAAACCACCGGAGCCGCUACAGAAUAAUCGGCAAUCGCUAGACUCGGAACACCCCAAUUCUCGUACCUCGUUGUCUGAUUCGCGCUCGGUUUUGGCGACAGAAUUCAACAGAGUCGGGCGUGGACGGCGCCGGCACAGGUUCCACGGCUCUGGCCGUAGUGGACAUGGAGCCGAAGCAUCAAGGAAAAUGACAGGCUCUAAGAGGCAUAAACUCGGACUAUUAUCCAGUAGCUCUUCGAGCAUCUCUAGUGCUGAGGGACGUCUGUACCGGGAAUCGCCAAUGGAUAAUACGUUGUCCUCUGAAAGGGAUGUGUCCCCACUGCCCGGCGCCUCACGACUUCGAGCCUCUGAAGCGCUUCCUGAAUAUGACACCGCCAUGGAUACCAGGCUGACGCCAACCCAUGACACUUUUCCUCGUUAUGUGACCGGAAGAUCUCCUACUUGGGCCCGGUCAGAGGGAAAGCGAAGUUCUAUAUCCUCUAUUCCAAGUGUUGAUGACCGCUACGACCCCCUGACAACCUUAUCAACUGCAGAAAGCAGGUCUCCCGAGCUCCAUGCGCAGGUCGGCAUGUUUCCAAGUAUCGCAUCCAACCUAUCCCCACCGGCAAGCCGUUCGCCGUCGCCUACAAAAGGCCGCUUCUCACGUGCUAUUGGUGCUCGACAUGAGCGGAGUAAGAGCAAUAUUCGGACAAAGGAUAUUGCAGAUGAUAGCUCCCUGGAGUCGGCGGCUUUGCGCAAGGAUACUUCAACUGGGCAUCCCGAGGGUAUUCCCCAAGGUGGAAGGCUGGAACCAAGCCCGCUUCCCGAUCGAAUCUCUUCAGUAUUUCAGGAAGACCCAUCAAAGUUCAACUCACAAAACCGCAAAGACGCAGUACAGGGCGAAUCCAAGCUGCGUGGAAUAUUCAAAGGCCCUGGGAAGAUCGCAGAGAAAGUGGGCAACGAAAUGUCAAAAGUAGGGGAUCUAAUACUUAAAAAGGAUACCGUUGCCCAGUCACGGAGAUCUUCCGUUUCAAGCACGGAUAGUUCUGUUUCCGAUCCUUCUGAUGACCCCGAAGAAGCUAGAGGUGAUAGAAUGUCUGGCGCCAAGUCUCUUUUGCGCCGGUUUCCUACGUUCUCCGACGAUGCCAAUCGAACUUCACGCAGGAACCUUGAGAAGAUCAGUUCGAAGACUAAUGUGCCUUCUAUGUCUCCCUUUGUCUCCACGCCUCGGCAUGAUCGAUUAGAAGAACAUCAACCGCCUGUCGACGGCAGUCCUUCGAAGGCCGGUGCUGACAUCGACACGACGGACUCACAGAGAGAAGUGGCAACCCGUCAUGAGAAACUACGAUUUGGCCCUGAUAUUCAUACUGUGCCAGAACAAUUCAGAAAGCGUAACAUCAGGGAUGUCGGUGUUCCCUUCAGUUUGACAAGGCCUCCUGUCACGGGUCUUGCUCAAGCGAGAGCAGACACUACUUCAUCGUCCCAGGAAAAACGCCCAAGACUGGCAACUGAGUCAAGAAGCUGGAGUAUCUCUAACCGCAGCUUAUCUAGCUCGCUUGUUGUUGGUGUUCCGGGCAAGCGCGAGAUUGAGCGCACCCGAGCCCUUCUUCUUUCUUCGGGAAUCAAAGCUCGAGAGAUCACCCGCCGAGCAGAAUGUGUGCGGCAGCCACCACCAGACUUCCUUCGGCGCACAUUUGGUACGGAAGCAUCCGUACCUCAAGGCCUGCUCAGAAGCUUCGAGAAAACACAUCGUUCGUUCCAACAAUCCAUAGACGAUUUCUCUGGCUCGGACAUGGUCAACGAGACGAUUUCCCCGCGUGUUCAGGCAGCCACACAGGAUGCGGAGGACUUGAGCAUUCAGCUCAACACCACUAGAGGCGUCAUCGCCGGCUGCGCUGGGUACGGCGCACUGGGUUUGUGAUGCUCGAAUGGGCAUUAGUUGGUAUGCUCUGGUGGGUUUGGCUAAUUGUGAUGGCUUUCAAGAUCUUGCGAGGCGUUUUUCGGGGUGUUCUUUCAGGUGUCAGAUGGGUCUUGUGGUUGUGAAUGCGACAAACUGAGAAGAAAGGCUGUUGUUUCCUCGUUAUUAUACCCCCAUCUGAUUCUACAUGUUCCUAGCGUUUGUUCCCUUUUCUACAUCACUGAUAUCCGUUUCACAAUUCUUGUAUUAUAUAG